AUGACGAAGAAAAGUAAGCUUCUUUCGGCCUUGGACGCACACAAAGGGCGCAAUUUCGAACUAGAGCGCCAGAAAAAAUUGCAAAAGGAAGCAAGCAAGAGGAAGAAUGACAAACAAUUGAAAAACGCAGAGGAGGAAGGAGAAGAAAAUGCUGAGCAGUCGAAUGGGGAUGUCACUCACAUAAAUGGAAAAGAGAAAUCAAAUGGUGAAAAGGCUAAGGGCCAAAAGGGCAUGAAAAUGGUUGACGAUAAGAAGAAGCAAGAGGACAAUGAGAGCGAGGAAGAGGAAGACGCAGUCACAGAUAGCGCAGAAAACGAGGCUAACGAAGGCCGAGAUGAGGAUGAGGAAGUAGAUGAUGAAGAGGACCAGGAGGGGGAGGAGGAGGAGGAUAUCCCACUUUCAGACCUAUCUGGCGAUGAAGCCGCAGAUGUUAUUCCUCAUCAACGACUAACUAUUAACAACUCCGCUGCGAUUUUAUCCUCCCUGAAGCGGAUAUCCUUCAUAAACGACCAGACGCCAUUCUCAGAACAUCAAUCUCUCACCUCCACAGAAACAAUGGACAUCCCCGAUCCAAACGACGAUCUCAACCGAGAGCUAGCAUUUUAUAAGGUCUGUGCCGCUGCCGCAAAGACUGGAAGAACGCUAUUGAAGAAAGAAGGAAUACCAUUCUCAAGGCCCACAGACUACUUUGCGGAGAUGGUGAAGGAUGAUGAACACAUGGAUAAGAUUAAGAAGAAGAUGUACGAAGAAGCUGCUAGCAAGAAGGCCAGCGCAGACGCAAAGAAGCAGAGGGAUUUGAAGAAGUUUGGAAAACAAGUGCAAAUCGCCAAGAUACAAGAACGACAGAAAGAAAAGAGGGAGACGCUGGAAAAGAUCAAUGAUUUGAAGAGAAAACGCAGAGGAGCAGGCAAUGGUGAAGCCGAAGAAAGCGAACUCUUUGAUGUUGCGCUUGAAGAAUCCAGUAGGUCUGACUCCCGCCGCGGACCCCGAGGCAAGGAUGGCGAGGGAUCUCGCUCAAAGAGACAGAAGAAAGACGCCAAAUUUGGUUUCGGCGGUAAGAAGCGCUUCGCAAAAAGUGGCGACGCUAUAUCCAGUGGCGAUUUGAGCUCGUUCUCUACCAGUAAAAUGAAGGGAAAGAAAACGGGGGCAGCGAAGAGGUUAGGCAAAGGUAGACGCCAGGCGAGGCGAUAG